AUGGGAAAUUCAUACGCUGGACAGCUGAAGACCACUCGGUUCGAGGAGGUUCUGCACAACUCCAUUGAGGCAUCCCUGCGCUCCAAUAACCUGGUGCCCCGGCCCAUCUUCUCCCAGCUCUACUUGGAGGCCGAGCAGAAGCUGAACUCCCUGGAAGGUGGCAGCCGAGUGGAUAAUGAGGAAGAAGAGGAAGAGGGGGAAGGAGGGCUGGAGACCAGCAGCCCCCCAAAUCCCUACCAGCUGCUCCCUGCGCCUGAAGGAUGCUGUACCACAGACGGGUUCUGCCAGGCCGGGAAGGACCUGCGCCUUGUCUCCAUUUCCAGUGAGCCCAUAGAUGUCCCCACGGGCUUCCUCCUGGUGGGGGCCAAGGCCCCCAGCCUGCCCGAGCAUCUCCUGGUAUGCGCGGUCGACAAGAGGUUCCUGCCCGACGACAAUGGCCACAACGCCCUGCUCGGUUUUUCUGGGAACUGUGUUGGCUGUGGAAAGAAAGGCUUCUGCUACUUCACCGAAUUCUCCAACCACAUCAACCUGAAACUGACCACCCAGCCCAAGAAGCAGAAGCACCUGAAGUAUUACCUGGUCCGCAACGCCCAAGGGGCUCUGACCAAAGGCCCUCUGAUUUGCUGGAAAGGCUCAGAGUUCCGAAGUCGGCAGAACUCGGCCAGCACGUGCUCCAGCUCCCUCUUCCCGCCUCUGGAGAGCGCGGGGGCCGCGGCUGCCUUGCCCAGCGAGCCUGUGCUGGGGGCGACCUCCGGCCUCCCCGUGGGAGCGCCGCAGGCAGGACCAGCCUGUGACCAAGCCUUGGUGACCGCAGCUGCAGCUCCAGCCGUCUUCAACGGCAAAGGCUCCCCCAAGCACCAGCAGCCGGCGAAGAACAGCCUGUUGGCCCUUCCUCGGCCCUCAGCCUUAGGUGUUUUGUCAAACUCAGGGCCACCCAAGAAGCGCCACAAAGGGUGGUCUCCGGAAUCACCAUCUGCUCCAGAUGGCACUUGCCCUCCGGGCGGCGGGCACAGGGCUAAGUCUGAAGGCGCUGGCAUGUCCUGUGUGGCCCCUGCCGGCCUGGGGGGGCCGGCGUCCGUGACCCUGCCCGUGGUGGCCUCCGGCGAGCCUGUGUCUGUCCCGGAUAAUCUGCUGACAAUCUGCAAGGCCAAGCCCGUGAUCUUUAAAGGUCAUGGGACCUUCCCUUACCUCUGCGGGAACCUGAAUGACGUGGUGGUGAGCCCGCUGCUGCACGCAUGCUACCAGAACUCGCAGUCCGUCUCCAGGGCCUAUGAGCAGUACGGCGCCUCCGUCCAGCCCAUCUCUGAAGAGAUGCAGCUGCUGCUCACCGUCUACUACCUCGUCCAGCUGGCGGCCGACCAGGUGCCGCUCAUGGAGGACCUGGAGCAGAUCUUCCUGCGCUCCUGGCGGGAGUCGCACCUGACGGAGAUCCGCCAGUAUCAGCAGGCGCCCCCGCCCCCCUACGCCCCGGGCCCCGGCAUGGUGGCCCCGGUCACCUCGGCACAGCUGCCCUGGCUCGCCGGCCUGGCCGCCAGCUCCUGCAAUGACAGCGUGCAUGUCAUCGAGUGCGCAUCCUCCCUGGCCGAGGGCCUGGCCGAGAUGUUCCGGCUGCUCAUCGAGGGCAAGCUGGCCAAGACCAACUACGUGGUCAUCAUCUGCGCCUGCCGGAACGCCACCAUUGACUCCUGCAUCGCCGUCACCGGCAAAUACCAAGCCCGGAUCCUCUCCGAGAGCCUGCUUAGCCCCGCGGAGUACCAGAGGGAGGUCCAUUAUGAACUGGUGACCGGUCAAGUGGAUUCCCUGGGGGCCUUUUUCAGCACCUUCUGCCCAGAGGGUGACAUUGAUCUUUUGCUGGACAAAUUUCAUCAGGAAAACCAAGGCCAUAUUUCUUCCUCGCUCACUGUCUCUUCUGUGACUAACGCAGCAGCCCUGGAUGUCAGCGGGGCCCCUGUGUGUACAAGUUACCAUCUUGAGCCGCGCGGUGUGGGGCCCUUCCAGCUGGCUGUGGCCCAGAAGCUUCUCUCCCAUGUGUGCUCCAUCGCGGAUUCCAGCACCCAAAAUCUGGAUUUAGGAUCCUUCGAGAAGGUGGACUUUCUCAUUUGCAUCCCGCCAUCAGAAGUGACCUACCAGCAGACAGUCUUCCAUGUCUGGCACUCAGGGGUUUUGCUGGAGCUCGGCCUGGAAAAGGAGCCCAUGACCAAGCAGAGAGUGGAACAGUAUGUUCUGAAGUUGGAUGCAGAGGCCCAGACAAAAUUUAAGGCCUUUGUGCAAAACUCCUUCCAGAACCCUCACACGCUCUUUGUCCUGAUCCACGACCAUGCCCACUGGGAUCUUGUGAGUAGCGCUGUUCAUAAUCUCUAUUCUCAAAGUGACCCGACUGUGGGCUUGGUGGACAGAUUGCUCAACUGCAGGGAGGUGAAGGAGGCUCCCAACAUUGUCACCCUUCAUGUGACUUCCUUCCCGUACGCCCUGCAGACACAGCACACGCUCAUAAGCCCCUACAACGAGAUCCACUGGCCCGUCUCCUACAGUAACGGUGUGGACUUGUAUCAGGAGAGUAAGAAGUACUUCGGGCUGUCGGAGUUCAUCGAGUCCACCCUGUCGGGACACAGCCUCCCCUUGCUCAGAUAUGACAGCUCCUUCGAGGCCAUGGUGACCGCCCUGGGAAAAAGGUUUCCCCGCCUGCACAGUGCGGUGAUCAGGACCUUUGUUCUCGUCCAGCACUAUGCGGCGGCCAUGAUGGCGGUGAGCGGCCUCCCCCAGAUGAAGAACCACACGUCGGUGGAGACGCUGGAGAUCACGCAGAACCUCCUCAACUCCCCGAAGCAGUGCCCGUGCGGCCACGGGUUCAUGGUGCUGCUGCGGGUGCCCUGCUCGCCGCUGGCGGCCGUGGCCUACGAGCGGCUGGCCCACGUGCGGGCGCGGCUGGCCCUGGAGGAGCACUUCGAGAUCAUCCUGGGCAGCCCCAGCUCCGGCAUCACCGUGGGCAAGCACUUCGUGAAGCAGCUCAAGAUGUGGCAGAAAAUCGAGGAUGCGGAGUGGAGGCCUCAGACCUACCUGGAGUUGGAAGGCCUGCCGUGUAUUCUCAUCUUUAGUGGGAUAGAUCCGCACGGGGAGUCCCUGCCCAGGUCCCUGCGGUACUGCGACCUGCGUCUGAUCAACUCCUCCUGCCUGGUGAGGACGGCCUUGGAGCAGGAGCUGGGCCUGGCCGCUUACUUCGUGAGCAGUGAGAUGCCGCUGGAGAAGGGGGCCAGGAACGAGGCCCUGGAGAGUGACGGGGAGAAGCUGAGCAGCACAGACAAUGAGGAUGAGGAGCCGGGAGCAGAAGGUGAGGGUGGCCCAGAGUGUGUUUUUGAAGCAGGCUCUCCCUCGGAGAAGAGGAGCCCCGCGCGGAGGGAGCGGUCCCGGUCCCACGACUCGGCCUCCUCCUCCCUCUCCUCCAGAGCAUCUGGCUCCGUGCUCGGUGGCAGUGAGCCCCUGGCUCACCCUGGGCCCCCUCUGGGGGAGCAGGCUGCGUCCCCCACACCGUGCGGCCCUGUGGAGGACAGUAGGAUGCUUGGCGAGAGGCAGGGGCCCCGAGUGAGUCAGGGGGCCCCAGCAGCAGCAGUGAGCGGGCACAGCCCCGGGCCGCCGCCGCCCCCCAGCCAGCGGAGCCUGCAGGUGGCGGUCACCCCGUCCUCAAGCUCAUCUCCCACUGGCCCACCGCUGCCGCCCAUGGCUGGGCCCCUCCUGCCCCAGGCCCCGCCCUGCGCCAUGACCAAGGCCAGCCGCCAGCCUCCUGUGGUCUUCCUGCCCAAGCUGGUGUACGACAUGGUGCUGGCCACCGACAGCAGCGGGCUGCCCAAGGCCGCCUCCCUCCUGCCCGCCCCGUCCGUCAUGUGGACCAGCUCCUUCCGCCCCCUGCUGAGCAAGACCAUGACCUCCACCGAGCAGUCCCUCUACUACCGCCAGUGGACCGUGCCCAGGCCCAGCCACAUGGACUACGGCAGCCGGGCUGAGGGCCGCCCGGACGGCUUCCAUCCCCGCAGGCUGCUGCUCAGCGGGCCCCCGCAGAUUGGGAAGACAGGUGCCUACCUGCAGUUUCUCAGCAUUUUGUCCCGGAUGCUCAUUCGGCUGACUGAAGUGGAUGUUUACGACGAAGAAGAGAUCAAUAUCGACCUCCAGGAGGAAUCGGACUGGUGCUACCUCCAGCUCACGGACCCCUGGCCGGACCUGGAGCUCUUCCGGAAGAUACCUUUCGACUAUGUCAUCCAUGACCCGAAGUAUGAGGACGCCAGUCUGAUUUGUUCCCACCAUCAGAGUGUGAAGAGCGAAGACAGAGGGAUGUCCCGGAAGCCCGAGGACCUUUAUGUGCGGCGUCAGACGGCCCGGAUGAGGUUGUCCAAGUACGCGGCGUAUAACACCUACCACCACUGCGAGCAGUGCCACCAGUACAUGGGCUUCCAUCCCCGCUACCAGCUCUAUGAGUCCACCCUGCACGCCUUUGCCUUCUCUUACUCCAUGCUAGGAGAGGAAAUCCAGCUCCACUUCAUCAUCCCCAAGUCCAAGGAGCAUCAUUUUGUCUUCAGCCAACCCGGAGGCCAGCUGGAGAGCAUGCGCCUGCCCCUCGUCACCGACAAGAGUCACGAAUGCAUCAAAAGCCCAACAUUCACUCCAACCACGGGCCGCCACGAGCACGGGCUCUUUAAUCUGUACCACGCGAUGGACGGAGCCAGCCAUUUGCACGUGCUGGUGGUCAAGGAGUAUGAAAUGGCCAUUUAUAAGAAGUACUGGCCCAACCACAUCAUGCUGGUGCUCCCGAGCAUCUUCAACAGUGCUGGCGUUGGGGCUGCCCACUUCCUGAUCAAGGAGCUGUCCUACCAUAACCUGGAGCUGGAGCGGAGCCGGCAGGAGGAGCUUGGAAUCAAGCCCCAGGACAUCUGGCCGUUCAUCGUGAUUUCCGACGACUCCUGUGUCAUGUGGAACGCCGUGGAUGUGGACUGCGUGGGGGAGCGGGGCCGGGACUUCUCAUGGUCGGAGAGGAGCGUCUCUCUGAAGCACAUCAUGCAGCACAUCGAGGCCUCCCCGAACAUCACGCACUACGCCCUGAUCGGCCUGCGGAAAUGGGCCAGCAAGACGAGGCAGAGCCAGGUGCGAGAGCCUUUCUCCCACUGCCACGUGCACGACUUCAUCAUCCUCAAUGUGGAUCUCACACAGAAUGUGCAGUACAACCAGAACCGGUUCACAUGUGACGACGUGGACUUCAACCUGAGGUUGCACAGCGCCGGCCUCCUGCUCUGCCGCUUCAACCGCUUCAGCGUGAUGAAGAAGCAGAUCGCCGUGGGUGGACACAGGUCCUUCCAUAUCACGUCCAAGGUGUCUGACAGCUCCGUGGCCAUUGUGCCGGCCCAGUACAUCUGUGCCCCGGACAGCAAACACACGUUCCUGGCGGCCCCAGCCCAGCUCCUGCUCGAGAAAUUCCUCCAGUAUCACAGUCCCCGCUUCUUCCCACUGUCCCUGAAGAACCGCAGCCACCCCGUGCUGUCCGUGGACUGUUACCUCAACCUGGGAUCACAGAUUUCCGUUUGCUAUGUGAGCUCCAGGCCGCACUCUCUCAAUGCCAGCUGCUCAGAGCUGAAGUUCAGCGGGCUCCUGCUCUACCUCUGCGACUCCUUUGUGGGAGCCAGCUUCUUGAAAAAGUUUCAUUUUCUUAAAGGUGCCACCCUGUGCGUGAUCUGUCAGGACCGGAACUCACUUCGUCAGACCGUCGUCCGCCUGGAGCUGGAAGAUGAGUGGCAGUUCCGGCUGCGGGAUGAGUUCCAGACAGCCAACGCAAAGGAGGACCGCCCGCUCUUUUUUCUCACUGGACGGCACAUCUGAGAUUCAGGAGUAAGAGAAAGAGAGAGAGAGAGGCCGGCAGAGCUCCUAGAGGAGCUCCUAGCGGAGUGGGGUGCUCAGAUCCCUCCUACUGCUAGGCUAAAGGAAGUCUUGGACCUCGGGGUACUGGAACUGGAAUAGACCCAGGCCGUCGCUCUGCAGCCGCUCAGGGCACACGUGACAUGCAGGCCCAGGCAUGGGUGACAGACAGCGUGAGGAUGGGUCCCCACUGGACAGAACUGAAAGCCCAGAACUCCAUUCUGGGCCAAACCAAAUGCCCUAGGCUGUUUAGCAUUUGUGAAGAAUGAAGUUUUCCCCUGUGGUCCUGCCGUUCCUAGGCUUCCACGACACACUUGACUUUUUGAUCUAAAGAAUCUUGAGAUAUCUCAUUGAGGUGCCAGUAUUCAGGCAGUAGAUGUGAUUUCAGUAAGUAGAUUUCCCUACAGCCUUCUACAAAGCAAUAUUCCAAAGGAACAAUUUCACCAUAGAGAUUAGGGACAAGAAGCAAAAAGGGGUUCAUUUUCAUAAGAAUUAUUUAAUUGUCUACAAGUUUGCUCCUGUAAGAAGCUAGCCCAAAGGCAUCAAACUCACUGAGGUAAAAUGAGUUGUUUUACUUCAAAGAAAAUAAGAUUCUAUUAAAAUAAUGGAGGGCAAAUACCCUACCUCUUAGAAAGGGCCAAAUUGCAAAGUAGCUUUCUUGAAAACUAAAAGGGCUUUACGGAGGAAAUUAAAAUGGUUGAGUUGGUUCUGAAAUUUGCCUUACAAAGGAAAGACGAUUAAAUUGUUUACUUGAUUAAAAACAAUUAAAAGCAACCAAAGUGAUACAUAAGAUAGUUAAGAACUAGACUUAUGAUUAUAAUUUAUUGAAGCUCAGUUUCUUUUUCAGUUUCUUAACUAGUUUUCUCUUAUUCGUGCUUGUUUCCUUUGGGAAGAGGCUCACCUGUCCCGAGAGAAGCGAGCUGGUAUGUGCCAUGAAUUCCUAUUCAUAAUCAACUAGGCCAGGAUGCUGUUUAAAGCAUCAUAUUAGAGCGCCACCUAUGGGCCAGAUGCUGGUACACGAUUUAUCUUGAAUCCUUUGCACAGCCUUGUGUGGCCAUCUGACAGCUCCCAUUUCAAAGAUGCAAGGGUUGGGAUGCUAAAGAGUGUAGCUCACCAAGGUCAUACUGCUGGAAAGAACUAGAAGCACACUUCAGACUCCUGGCUUCUGGACUCCACGGUCCAGGUCCCCACCCUACACUGCUUUUGAAGUGGCCCAGGGCAAAAGGAAAACGUUUAGAGACACUAAAAAAAUACACUCAUCAGAAUGUGUUCUAUGUCCGUCUGAGACAUUUCUAAGCACUGUGAUUGAUAAUAAUCCAAGAAGAAACUGUUUUACAAGAUGAUGCCAAAGAAUUUGUCAAUCUUCCCUUCCGUUUAAAAGUCUACGAAUAUAAAAUAUUUAGAUCAAGGUUUAUAUAAGGAUAACUUUGUUUAUGCCAUUCCUAUUUUGGAUUAAAAACUGACCUUCUUUAGUUAAAAUUGUCCUUUUGUAAAUAUCAGCUCCUGUGUCAUUCCUCCAUUUUUGUUAGUUAAUUUAAACUUGGGAGGGAAAAUCCCCAGAGUAAUCCUGUUGCCUGUUCCAGUCUUAUCAAUAAAGCCCAUUAUGCACUU